AUGAUGAUGGCCGAGGAAGCAAACGGCACCGCCAGCGCCACCAGCGACACUGUCGACGAUAUUCCCGUUUCCCCUACCACCAAAACUGCUAUAGCUGUUGGCUUGCCACAGAGCAGCGCCCUCGAGUCUCUUAGCAUGCGCGCCGAUCCUGAUGCACAAGCAACGGUAACCGAUUACCUUGACUUUACCGAAUACCUGCCCGCAGACGUUAAUCGCAGCCUGACCCUGAUCGGCAAGCUCGACCAAGCCUACAUCGAUGCCUCGGCGCAGGUUCACGAGCUGACUACGACAUGGGGCAAGUUGCCAUCGCUCCCUGCGAACCAGCGUCCUGCCCCAGCCGAGCUACGUGCCGACAUUUCUCGCAACCUCAGCCAAGCUGUCAACUCACGCAUCUCCAGCCAUGCCGAGGCCCAGCGCAUGUCGGAAUACGUUAACAGGCAUGUCAAUAGGGCAAAGACGAUAUUGGCAAAGCUCCAACACAUGCGCGAUAACUAUCCCACAGAAGAACAGAAAAGUCCAGUGCAAACACGGUCUCCACAGUUGACUAGGACUCCUAAAGUGUCACUGCCUCUCGAUAAGGACGGGAACAGGAUUCGCAGGCCGCCUAGGAUUACGGUCCCUGGUGAGGUUCUAGCUCCGUAUGAUGUGGACUUUAAUGCCUAUACCUCAUCUAGUGAGGAGAGCUCUGAUGAGGAGGAAUACAUGUCGCCAACCAGGACAACGCCUGCGCCCCGGAUCAAACUGGUUAAAGGCUCCAAGGUCUCCAAGCAAAAGGUCCCUAAACCACCCAGGCCAUCGAGGCAACUGCCCAACGAUGGACUACCCAUACCAUCUACGAGUUCCGCCCUGGCCAAGCUCAAACCGCCGCCUGAUGAUGCGGUUCUUGGUGGCCCUGAUCUUCCUUGGCUACAGCUUACACCAUAUGAACUCGCCAAAUUAAGGAAACGAAUGAAGAAAAAUGCUGUAUGGAACCCAAGUGAUACCAUGAUUGCUAGGGAGCUCAAGUCUGUGGGUCGAGGGGUUGAGGCUUAUAAGGAAGCUCAACAGAAGGCAAAAGACGAGGGAAAACCAUUCGAUGCCCCACUGCCGACUCUGGUCACCGACGGCUCCGGGGUUCAGCAUCCCCCGGUUGGUGCAAUAUCAACUGAAGCUCUCGGUGCCGAAGAGGUGAAGCUUAGCAACCGUGGCAUGAAGCUCAACGAGGCCAAGAAACUCAAGCGAGAGCAAAUGGCCAAGCAGGCAGCCGAUGAAGCAGAGGAAUCAGCUAGAAGAAUGAAGGCCCUGGCUGGCAGCAUUCUCUGGAACCACGAGGGAAGCCCAUCAGUCGGAGCAGGCGUAAUUGAGGCGCCCAACCCACAACCUGCCCAAACCCCAGCACCGACACCAGCUCCGGUCCAAAGCACGAGCAAAGCACAAGCUAAGAAGCGAAAGCGCGACUCUGUCACGGAGACUGCUGUUCCCGAGGUCAAGACUGAAAGCCAGGAGAACGGGGACUCGACGCCAGCACAGCCGGUCAAACCGCCUAUCAAGCGCACUAAAACGGAGACUCCAGUGCCUCCGCCACAACUCACACCUCGUCCGACUUCAGUCCCGCCUGCUGUUGCAACGCCUGUACCGCCUCCUCAAAUUGCACAGUCUGCUACUGUACAGAUUACAUCCGCGACUCCUGUACCAGUUCCUGUUCCGCCAACGACGCAGACGACUCCUCAAGUUGCAUUGCAACCACAACCACCACAGCCACCACCAGCGGCAGCGGCAGCUUCAACUCCCGCUCCAGCUCCAGCUCCAACCUCUGCUCCUACUCCAAGUCCUGCCCCAGCUCCGACCCCAGCCUCAGCUCCGGCUCCAGCUCCGGCUCCGGCCCCGGCCCUGGUGCCAACACAAACCAUGUCGCAGGCGGGUUCCCAAGCGACCCAACUAACAACAGUGCUGCCCGAGAGACCGACGGCAUCUCCUUCAACCAGCACAAGCCCAGCGCCUCCACCUUCAACAACCGUACCGAAUACCACCACCACAACCACGACCACGACUACUACAGUACCAACCAAACCACCGGCGGUGACACCAAUACUUCCGCCCAAGACUUCCACUACCCCUAUUCUUCCGCCUGCUAAUCAUCUGACUAAGAGGGAAACGCGGAAGGAUGCACAGAAGAACGUACAGCCACUUGCAACUAACACAAAACAGCCGAGUACGCCUCGACAGAACACCCCCGUCACCACACCCGGCCCCGAUCAACCAUCCAUGAACCUUCGCCGGCCAUCGUCUCGCGGCCAAGGCAGUAGUGUCGAACCGCCGCCAACCACUCUUGCGGCUGAAAGACCUCGACGCACCAGUACCGCUCGGAAUACACCGGCGCCUGAGAUUCGCCAACCUAGCAAGAGGAUCAAACGGCCCGCGCCGGGCGUCAUUAGCACGAGUGCGGGCGGUGCGGGCAGCACGAGCGCUAUAGGAAAGCGCACGGCGGCACCACGCAAAAAACAGCGCGUCAAGAAAACCACUCAAGCAGAACAGGAGCCCGAGAUUGAGGUUGAUGAUGAGGGCAACAUCAUCGAUCCCCACGAGCCGCGAUAUUGUGUUUGCAACGGGGUCAGCUUUGGCACCAUGAUUCAAUGCGAUAACGUUGAUGUGAGCAAACGAGAAGACUCCUCUGAUUCUGAAUCCGAUUCCGACAAUGUCCCCUUAAGCAACGCCCGUUCAAGUCGCUCGGGUUGCAAGUCUGCUGCUACUGCUUCAAAAUCGUCCGCCAACAAGAAUAGGAAACGUAAGCGUUACGGCUCUAUACUAACCAAACACCCUACGCAGAAUUGCAAGCAAGAGUGGUUCCAUCUAGAAUGUGUGGGACUCACCGAGAUACCGGCGCGAACAACCAAAUGGUACUGUCCUGAUUGCCGCGUGCUACUAAACAUUGGUGGACGAGGUGAGGUGACAAGUCGGGGUGUCAAACUCUGA